GCAGAAGCAGCGCAGGAGAAGGUGGCAAGCAGAGAAGUGGAUGCUGAGCAGCUCCAGUCUGCAAUUAAGGGGCUGGCACUGAGGACGCGACCCUACCCGAGGAUUGGAUAGCACCCACCGGAUGCUGUGAACGAAAUCCGCUAGUUGUCACCCCAAUGCCGCUUGCAUGUGCACCAAACACAAGCUCCUUCCUGAGAAAGAGAACUCCGGGGAUCCCUCUGCUCUUCCCAGCUGAUGCUCCCAAGCCUCAGCACCUUCAUCAUUAGCAAAGCAUACAGGAUCUAACUCUGUGGAUCAUUGUUCAUUUCUAUCUAAACGACUACACUGAACCUCUGGUCCUCAAGCUUAUAGUUAAAGAGUGGAGCAGCGCCAGUUGUUGGGAUGGUCAUGUGUGUUAGCCAUAUAUUUAGGUAGUGACAUGAUUCAGGUCUGACCCUGGAGAUGCCGAAGAGACGAGACAUCGUCGCCAUUAUAUUGAUCGUGUUGCCUUGGACACUGCUCAUCACUGUUUGGCACCAGAGCACCCUUACUCCUCUGCUUACUACUCAAAAGGAUGACAGAGUUGAUGGUCACUCCAACUCCAGAAACACCUUUGCUUUUAAGGAGUCCUGCUCACUUCAGAACCAGGACAUUGUGGAGGUGGUACGCACUGAGUACAUAUACAGCCGGCCUCCACCCUGGUCUGACAUACUGCCCACCAUCCACGUCAUCACGCCCACUUACAGCCGCCCAGUGCAGAAAGCAGAGCUGACACGCCUGGCCAACACUUUGCUUCAUGUGACCAAUCUGCACUGGAUCCUGGUGGAAGACUCCCAGAGGCGGACCACUCUGGUUAGCCGUCUUCUCCAUAACACAGGGCUCAACUACACCCACCUUAAUGUGGAGACACCUCGGAAUUAUAAAGUACGUGGGGACACCAGAGACCCCAGAAUACCACGGGGUACCAUACAGAGGAACCUAGCGCUGCGGUGGUUACGGGAGACCUUCAACGUAAAUAACAGUCAACCUGGGAUUGUCUACUUUGCGGAUGAUGACAACACAUACAGCCUGGAGCUGUUUGAGGAGAUGCGGUCCACUAAAAAGGUGUCAGUGUGGCCCGUGGCUUUUGUGGGUGGCCUGCGGUACGAGUCCCCCAAAGUAAACACCUUGGGGAAGGUGUAUGGCUGGAAAACUGUAUUCGACCCGCACCGGCCCUUUGCUAUUGAUAUGGCUGGGUUUGCGGUAAACCUGCACCUCAUUCUGUCCAAACCUCAGGCGUAUUUCAAGCUACGUGGGGUGAAGGGAGGAUACCAGGAGACCAGCUUAUUAAAAGAGCUCGUCACUCUCAGUGACUUAGAGCCUAAAGCUGCUAACUGCACUAAGGUAUUAGUAUGGCACACAAGGACGGAGAAGCCUGUGCUGGUAAAUGAGGGCAAGAAAGGAUUUACAGACUCGAACGUAGAGAUAUGACAUCCUUCAUGUGAUGCAGGGGAGGGAUGUUGCUACUGAAUUCUCCCUGAAUUCAAACCAACCUGAGCUCCAAAAAAGCAACGGCCGGGGCCAAAAAUAUUACCACAACACAGUUUGACGUGGAGGUACAAGUGUCCACCCCAAGAGCAAAGCAAAGCCAUGCACAUGUAGUGACCACAGAGUAUCAAAGCACAACUGCACAAAAACCAGGCCGCCUGUUCUGCUCAGGAGCAUGGGUCGACACUGGAAGGAGUUUGCCCACUGACGUCUCCUCAGAGAGCUGAGACAAAGAAUGUCACGCGACUUAAGCUGCAGGAAGAGACGGUACAGCAACAAUAAAGAGCCCUCUGAGCGCAGACAACACCAGCCAACCAUCCAAUCAGAAUUAAAUAGGGCCCUUUUGUUUUGAUGCAAGCUGGCUGUCGGGCACAAAGCUGCACAGGGAAAUAAAAGAAGUCCUUGUUUCAAGAGAGUCAGCACUGACUGUUGGAUAGGACUGAUGGGAUCUGAGCCCUCCCCCCUCGUACUGUACAACACUGAACUCAGCACUAAUUAGGAGUCCUGGUACUUUUCAACACACAUUUGCGCACACUGAGCUGUCACACUGCUCGCAGACACACGUGCGCACACAAACAUGGAGCAGUGAUUUAUUAACAGCAGUGUCCUCUCUCACAUUCAUUUGCUACAAGCCUAACGUGCUAUAACAGCACUGAAGUCUGCUCAUGUUUAAAAGGGGGUUCAGUGUUGCUGUUGGUUUGUCAGAUUCAAAGACUUUUUCAUAAGCUAAUGAAGGUUGCACUGGGUGAAGGUUUCUCAGCAGUUAUUUAUUGUUUCAGAGUAACUUGUAGCAUUUGUAUGUUAGUUGUGAACAGUACCUAUGAGAGUCAAUGGAAUGUGAAGCCAUUACUCAAAAAAUUAGAUGUGCAUUCUUUCAGAUUAGCUGUGUUAUACAUUCUAAUUAUUCUCACCAUGGAUGGAUGGCGUGCGAGUGAUGAUUUCAUACUCCACUGACUUGCAGUAACACCGCUUUAAAAUGCAAAUGUUCUCUAAGAUUUAGUGGCAUUUUAAGAGUUUGAUCAGUUCUCCGUGUGAAUUUGCAGCCAUUCGAAUCACUAAAAGACCUGAAAUGUUGAACUUUGACUGUGAGGUCAGGGUCUGACGUUACUGCAAUGUUGCCUGUGUUUAAUUUAAAAGAUGUUCACACUACUGCCUCGUGAAGCUGACUUUUGUUUUAUAGAUCUAAAAUGUUGUCAUUACAGUAACUGCUACUUCUCAAGAAUAUUCACACAGGCAAUACAGAUCUAACAAUAUGACACAGCUGCCAUGUCCAGAUGCCCUAAAAUCGUUACUCUAAAACUGAAUUCACGGGUCAGAACGUGUGCUUGAUAAUUCUGCUCUUUGUGUAA